UGGGAGAGCGGAGCGGGCGAGCGGGCGGCGCGCAUGGAGGGCGCGGGGGGCGGCGCGGGCGAGCGGGCGCCGCUGCUGGGCGCGCGGCGGGCGGCGGCGGCGGCGGCAGCAGCGGCGUCGGCAUUCGCGGGCCGGCGCGCGGCGUGCGGGGCCGUGCUGCUGACGGAGCUGCUGGAGCGCGCGGCGUUCUACGGCGUCACGUCCAACCUGGUGCUGUUCCUGAACGGCCCGCCGUUCGGCUGGGAGGGCGCGCAGGCCAGCCAGGCGCUGCUGCUCUUCAUGGGCCUCACCUACCUGGGCUCGCCGUUCGGCGGCUGGCUGGCGGACGCGCGGCUCGGCCGGGCGCGCGCCAUCCUGCUCAGCCUGGCGCUCUACCUGCUGGGCAUGCUGGCCUUCCCGCUGCUGGCCGCGCCCGCCUCGCGCGCCGCGCUCUGCGGGGCCCUGCGCCCGGCGCGCCUGCUCAACUGCUCGGCGCCCUACCCCAACGGCAGCGCCGCCUGCCCGGACGCCGCCGCCCGCCGCUGCGCGCCCGCCACCUUCGCGGGGCUGGCGCUCGUGGGCCUGGGCGUGGCCACCGUCAAGGCCAACAUCACGCCCUUCGGCGCCGACCAGGUUAAAGAUCGAGGUCCAGAAGCCACUAGGAGAUUUUUUAAUUGGUUUUACUGGAGCAUUAAUUUGGGAGCGAUCCUUUCGUUAGGAGGCAUUGCCUACAUUCAGCAGAACGUGAGCUUUGUCACUGGGUACGCGAUCCCUACUGUCUGCGUCGGCCUUGCCUUCGUGGUCUUCCUCGGCGGCCAGAGCGUUUUCAUCACCAAGCCCCCCGACGGCAGCGCCUUCACCGACAUGUUCAAGAUACUGACAUAUUCCUGCUGCUCCCAGAAGCGAAGGGCAGAACGCCGGAGUAGUGGUGAAGGCAUUGGAGUCUUUCAGCAAUCUUCCAAACACAGUCUGUUUGAGUCAUGUAAAAUGUCUCGUGGAGGGCCAUUUGCAGAAGAUAAAGUGGAAGAUGUGAAAGCUCUGGUCAAGAUUGUCCCUGUUUUCUUGGCUUUGAUACCUUACUGGACAGUGUAUUUCCAAAUGCAGACAACGUAUGUUUUACAGAGUCUUCACUUGAAGAUUCCAGAAAUUUCAAGCAUUACAACCACCCCUCAUACGCUCCCGGCGGCCUGGCUGACCAUGUUCGACGCCGUGCUCAUCCUGCUGCUCAUCCCUUUGAAGGACAAGCUCAUUGAUCCCAUCUUGCGGAGACACGGCUUGCUGCCGUCAUCCUUGAAGAGGAUCGCGGUGGGGAUGUUCUUCGUGAUGUGCUCUGCCUUCGCCGCCGGAAUUCUGGAAAGUAAACGGCUGGAUCUUGUUAAAGAGAAAACCAUUAAUCAGACUAUCGGCCACGUCGUUUACCACGCUGCCGACCUGCCCAUAUGGUGGCAGGUUCCACAGUACGUGCUGAUUGGGAUUAGCGAAAUAUUCGCAAGUAUAGCAGGUCUGGAGUUUGCGUACUCGGCCGCCCCCAAGUCCAUGCAGAGCGCCAUCAUGGGCUUGUUCUUCUUCUUCUCCGGCGUCGGCUCGUUCGUGGGCUCGGGCCUGUUGGCGCUGGUGUCUGUCAGAGCCAUCGGAUGGAUGAGCAACCACACGGACUUUGGAAAUAUCAAUGGCUGCCGUCUGAACUAUUACUUCUUCCUGCUGGCCGCUGUUCAGGGGGCCACGCUCCUGCUCUUCCUGAUCGUGUCUGUGAAAUACGACCGCGACCGCCAGCGAGCCAGGGCGAGCGGGGCGCCCACCGCCGGGAGGGCCUGAGCCCGGGCGGCGCCCCGCGGACUGUGAGCGGCCACUGCGCCGAGACGGGGAGUCGGGUCGCCCCCAGGUCUGACUGUCCGCACGUGCGUGCUGCGCGGGUUGUCUCUGCUCCCCCACCACGAACUAGGUAAGUGCCUUCCGUGCUCAGCCGGGCACGCGGCCUCCCGGAGGAGAAGCGCGGGUUUCGAGCGUGUUGCUUCUCGUCACCCAAGUCCUCUGAACGUAGCCGCGUCCCUCUUGCGCAGACGCCACAGUGGAGAUGGCGGAGUCCUGGGAGACCACACGUGGCGGCCUCCCAGUUGCGUAGACGAUAUCACUUCCUUCCCACAGCCACGAUCCCAUUUAAAAAAAAAUUAAUCACAGCCACUUAUAUUGAAGAAAGUGAGGAUUUUUUUUCGAAGAAAUAAAAGUGUGGGCAGAUGCCACGAGGACUUUAUACAAGGGUCACAUGGUUUCCUUCCUGAGCCACACACCUCGCCAUCGCUGGGGUCUUUGGUGUAGGCUGGUACGAAUAUGUUUCUUCUGCUGCUUCAAAAAAUACUUACGUUUUAAACCAUUGACGUUACUUUUUUGUGUGUGUGAGAAAGAACAGGCGUAAGAAUUACUUAAGACCGUGUGUCCUGUCUCAGCCUGCAGAACAGCUCAGAAGGCGCUUUAAACCUUACCCAGUCAGUCCUUGUAUGCGACUUUAUUUUGGGUGCCACUGAGACUCGAAACGGAUCGCAGUUGGAUGUGAGAAAACAUUCUCUCGAACAGAACUAGUGUAAUUAAAAAUAAUCAAAAGUGUUAAAUGUGAACUUGAGCUGUUUGGCUAGUCACCAGCCUUUGUGUUGUUACUUUACAUGUAUCUAGGGGUUCUGUGUUUGUUAAAUAAGGUAUUCUGUAUUUGUUGCUGUAUUUUUGGCAUAACUUUAUUAUAAAAAGCAUCUCAAAUUUGA